GAGGAUAGAAAAAGAAAAUGUUAUAGUGAAGAGACAGAAAGUUGGCUUUAACUUUAAGCUAAUAGCUAGCAAAGCAGCUUCUGCUUCCACUGCUUUUUUCCUCGCCUCUUCAGCAUCCCAUUUGGAUGAAGAAUAAGUAAAGCUUAGCAGGAAGAAGCCAGCAAGCUCUCUUUAAUAAUGGCAGCAGGAGAUAGACCCCUCACAAAAAUUGCAGAUGCCUUCAAAGAGCUUGCGGAUUCUCUGAAUUCUCCAAAUCCCCGGCUUGAGGUCAGCCAGUUUGUUCGUGCCUGCCGCCUCAUCUCCCCUCUCAUCGGUUUCCUGGGCAUUGCUUUCAAGUUCGCCGAGAUAGAAUUCUCUGCUAAGGUUGAUAAUGUCAUGGAGGCAUCAAGGUAUGUUAAUACACUAGAUGCUAUGAUUGAUCGUGAAAUUGGGUUGAAUUGUGCGAAGACCUCGAAGAGUCAUUCAAGAAACCUUGUUCGAGUAAAGCGUUCGAUUGACAUGCUCAAGGUGAUCUUCGAACAAAUUUUAGCUAGAAGAGGAAACUCCAUCCUGGGUCCAGUUUCCACAGCAUAUCAACAGGUUUUUGCUCCCUACCAUGGCUGGGCUGUCAGAACAGCAGUUUCUGCUUCGUUACCGACUCUUCCUACAAAGGCAAGGCUCAUGAGGAAACUAAAUGAAAAAGAGGCAACAGUGAAUGUUCAAAUGCAAAAUUUUGUUGUUACAUCAGCUCCAAUCAUACAAUACAUCGAAAAUUUAUUCCAUUCAAGGGUGUCGGGUGAUGAGAUACUUGGAUUAAUUUGAUGAGUGCAAACUAAAUGAUCAUUGCAUUGGAAGGUUACAUGUCAAUUCCAUGCAAUUUAAGUCAAAAUGUUGAGCAUACUUCUACUUGUAAUAAGUUACAUUGUGUAAGUUUGUACUCCUUUAUCAUGUUUUAUUGAGACAUUUGUUGAUGGCUUUGAAAUCUCCUCUCAUUUUGCUAAA